AUGGAACGCAUCGAACGAACGCAUCGAGAGCUCGCGGUGAGGACUGAUAGUUCCACCACAUGGGCGUCUAGUGAUAGGUCUGAUCACUCACACAACACUUCCCAAACUGCUUACAGUCAACGACCAAUGUUGAUCACGCUUGAGGAACAUAGCCCUCAUGCUAGAGUGGAGGAGAGAGAGUCAACAGACACAUGCGCCUCGACAAUAAUAUCAGAACAAGAAGAUGAUGAAAAUGGCAUAUAUGACAAACCGCCAAUUGAAGUUGUUGACGACAGAUAUGAGAAUUUUCCGGCAGAGGCUAUCCCGUCAACUGCAUCAAGCUUCGCAGAGCUGUUCCCAUCGACAAGGCGACUGCUUAUACAACAUGAUGAUACCACAAUUGAUGGAAACUUGAAUUUGCGUGUUGGCACCAUUCCACCGCUGCCAGAGGGAGGCCAGUGCGAAAUCAUACUCUUCCACCUUCGCAUGUACGAUUUACAUGCCAGGAAAUUCUCACUUCGGCGGUACUGCAGAGAGUCUGGGAGAGAGGUCUGCCAUUCAACCAGGAAGUACCAUCAACCCUCGACCGACCUCUCUGCUUUCCAGCGCCCCUUGAGUAAUGCUUUCUCCACUCUACGGUCCAGGUCUGAUUCGAUCAACCCCACCAGCGGUCUGUGGAAACAAGACUCGAAAUGCAAGUCAAUAACGGAAAAUAAUGACAAGGCUGAUGAACGGAGAGGUUCGACGUCAUCUCUUCCUAGACCCAGAAGCCCUGAGCCGACAAACACUAUCCAACUCGAGUUCUCCAAUUAUGCGCACGUUGAUGUUAAACGAAGAGGUACAAAAGGCCCCAAGCAUUAUGACUUUGAAUAUUGGAGCACGAGAUAUCAAUGGCGAAGAACCAGCCGAAAGGACGGAAAUUCCAAGGAAAUCUCGUAUGAUCUCUAUCAUUCAUCCAAGUCAAAACCCGUGGCCCACAUUAUCCCAGAUGCUCUAACCCCCCUUGAAGCUCUGGAAGAAAAGAACAAAGGCGGCUGGAUCCCGCCCUGCUCUUUGUGGAUCAGCGAUACUUCAGUGUAUGAAAGCAUGCAAGAUGUUGCUGAUGUCAUCGUUGCCACUGGUCUGAUGGCUCUAGUAGAUGACAGUAUUAAACGUCGAUGGCAGAACAAAAGAACAUCUUCUUCACACAAUCCCAUGACCACGUCUCUCAUGAAGAGCAUGGACUCAGUGGCCUCGAAUAAAAUUAUAGAGAAGGUGUUUCAUCGCCGUAGCUCGACAGGGUCUCAACACACCUCACUCCGGCAGAGGUUCACGCAUGCUUAG